AUUCACACAAUACAAUGAAUUCUCGUACACGUGAAGACGUUGAAACCACGAUAUUAGCCUUGUUAGUUUGUCGAAGAGGAGGUUGUUCGCUGACUCAGUUAUGUAGAGAUUAUUAUGAUCUAGAAUGUGAACAAAUACCUUGGAAAGCAUUAGGAUAUACUACGUUGCUGAGUUUCUUCCAGAGCAUGUCAAAAACUGUUCAAAUAGAAAAUAGGAACAAUAUAAUUUUUGUAAAAGGUGUCGCAUCCAACAAGUCCAAACAUGUUAGUAUAUUAAUAGAUGGUCAGAAGCAACAGAAAUCCUUAGUUGGAAGAAAAUCGUAUAGACCAAGUCAUUAUUAUCCAAAGACUGGUCCUCCUAGGAUUCGUAUAUCAGCCAAGAUAUUAAGUACGAUAAUCGAUUUAGUCAAUAUGCAUCCAGAUGGCGUGAAUAAGGAUUUCAUACUUCAGAGAAUACAAAUGGACAUGCCUUUUGCAAAUAUUACAAUGAGUGACAUAGAGGACCAAUUACAUGAAUUAUCGCACAAAGUUUAUUUAUCCAACAAUAAAAUUUUUCCAGUUCAGAGUAAGUCACAGAUCAGUCAUUUAAAAUCAUCAAAAGUAACUGCAGGUGGUGAAGAGGAUUCAGACAAUAUGUCUGAUUAUGCAGAUGAGGAUGAUUUUCAAUUUAUUCCUCAUGGUGAUACAUCUCAUGCAUCCGAUGCAAAGUCAUUUAUGAAAACUAAAUCCACAUCUAGUUUUAUACAGGAGACUGUAUUUAAAUGGCAAGAUCAGACCACAGAAGAUAAACCUGAUAAAUAUACUAGAGAAAAAGAGACCAAUACAAAUAAUUCGCACAAUUUGUACAAUGAUAAUUGCAAUGAUAAUAUUCAGAUUCAUACAAACUGCAAUAGCAAUAUAGAGAAUGAAAAUUAUCUUGAUGGAACACAUGCAGAAGAUCUCAUAAGUGAUAAAGUUAGAUUUCGUUUAGAAAAACUUAUUCAGAAUAACCCUGAUGGCAUUUGGUGUGCUGAUCUACCAGAAAAAUAUUUAGAAGAAUAUAAAGUUUCCUUGAAUUAUACAGAACUUGGUUUCAAUAGUGUUAGAGAAUUUGCAUCACAGUUGACUGAAAUUUUUCACUGUGUACAGCUUGAGAAUACAGGAGACUUUGUACUCUAUUCUGCUAAAAGUGGAAUACCUUCAAGUAACUCAAAGGAGAAACAAAAAACUGUUAACCUUGCAGAAUUACAUCAGAUUUACGAAAGAGACGAAGAAGCUGAAGCACUCCCAACAACACUGUCACUUGAUACUUGUAAGAAAUUAAUACCCGAUGGUAUAGUAACUAUUGGAGAAAGUGUGGGUCAACUAAAUGUCGCAGACUUAGUAACCGAUGAAAAACCUUACAUAGAAGUUGUAGUUGUGGAAGUAUUCACUCCAUCAUUCUUUUGGGUGCAGCUUCGAAAAAAGCAAAAAUCAUUUAAAACAUUUAUGGACGAUUUGCAUACUUUUUAUACAACAAAACAUCAAGAUUAUGUAAUACCACCUGUUGUGUUAGAAAAGGGUUUGAAUUGUGCAUGUAUGUACAACAACAUAUGGCAUAGGGGUAUCAUAAAGACGGUGAAACCUGAUCUGCAAGUUACUGUGAUGUUUUAUGAUUAUGGUACACUGAAAACUUAUCCACCAGAUGCAGUAUAUUAUUUGCACAGAGUAUUUUCUAGUAUACCAGCACAAGCAAUACCCUGUGGUUUAAUUAAUACAAGGCCAUACAAAGGAUUGAAGUGGACUCGCAAUGCGACUCAUCAGUUUGCUGUCAGAACAUCAAGCACACCUUUAAUUGCGACAGUAGCAUCAGUUGAUAUAGAAGACAAUUCAAUAAUGGUAACAUUGACCGAUACAUUAGAAGAAGAAGAUGUACACAUCAAUGAUUGGCUAGUCGAACAAAAACUAGCAGAGCAUGGUAAAAUGGGGGAUAAAGUUGAUAUGCAGAAUUUAUUACUUUACGUGGAAGAGAAUUUACUGUACGUACCUGAGCAAUGCUACGAUGAAGAAAAUAAAGUAGGUAGUGCCAGAAACAAGAAUUCAGAAGAAACAUCUGUCAACGCACCUUUGAUAUCCCCUCAAAGUACUUUAGGUGACAAGGAUUUUAAGUUUCCUUCGCACCAUGAAUCAUCCGACGAACUGCAAAAGUUGUCGGCAAUUAAAGAAAGUGAUUUACAAUACCAGGCUUCUAAAAUUGACACAAAACCUGAUUCAUUUACGCCACCAAAAACUAACACAAAUCCGUUCAUGCAAGAUGAACCAAUUUGCGAUCAGUCUAAAUGCGAAAUAACACCUGAAAAAUUUAUGCAGUUGUGGAAUGAAAACUUAAAAUUACAAAUUCAAAUAACUGCUACAUUUCAGAUACUUUUUAAGAAAGUUAUGCAAAAAUCAGGCACAAAGGUGAAUGACAAUCCAAUAAUAAAUAGUGCUACAGACAUUAAUUCGCACGUUAAGAAUAAUAGCAACCCAGCCACAAGCAAUAUGGUAAAUACUAAUGCUACAAAUGCUUGUUCAGUUGCUACCAACGAUACAAAGAAUAUUGAAAAUAAUACUCUGGAUGUAAACAGUUAUACUGAUUUCUUACAAGAUUCGAUAAAAAAUUUAAAUUCAAUAUAUUCGACUUUCCUUACGCUCGAAAGCAAUACUUUAAAUGUAGCAAAUCAAUCAUCGCCAUGUAAACAAAUACCUAUGAUGAAAAAUGCAACUUCCGAAAUGGAAAAUGUUAAUAUGAAAUUUAAUUCGGAUAGUCAAAAUUGUUUUACAAACAGUACGAAUGCUAGCUGUCCGGUAGCUUUGGAAACACCUGUAGACCUGAACCAACCCUUGAAAGAAACCAAUCCCUUCAAACUUAGUCUAGCAAAUAAAUUACGAAUACCAGAGUCACAGGAAGAAAACUGUUCGAAUUUAGAUGAUUCGUUUGUGCCGCACACAACUCGGGAAUCAGUUAUUGAACAUGAUUUAAACAGUUUCGAGAAAGACAAUACCAAAAUUAUAAAUAAGAAUCCCGAUACUUCGCACGUUUAUACGGAGACUCCAUUUAAUUAUCACCAGUAUUAUUCUCUUCACAAUCCAAGGAACGCACCUAAUACUAGUAUCGAGUCAGCUGCAUUCAUUACAGUACCUACUUCCACUGAUUAUCUAUGGAAUGUGAAUAAUGCUGCUAACAGUUUCGCCAAAAGCACUGUCAAUAGCCCGUUGGCAACGCAGAGUCGGCACAGUAUGAAUCAACUUAAUGAAAUGAAGAAACACAUGGAAGCAAAUAAUGGGAACGUAUUAAAUUCUGGAAAUUAUAAUUACGAGGCGUAUGUUUACACACCUUCAUAUCUCAGGAAUAAUUCACAAGAACAUGUCAUAGAACCGAAACAAGAGGAAACUCACGCCUUAACGCAUAACACUAUGAAUCAUUGUACAACGACAUCGUGGUUACCCACUAAUAAUUUUGUCUCUCCUGUAGUAACAGUACAAGAUAACACAAACAUUGACGAGGGAUAUUCAACUCGACCAUCUACAUCUCAUACUUCAUACAGAUCAUCCCCAUUAGUCCAAACGACUAAUGCUGCAGAUCAGUACAGUACUUCUACGAAAAUGUGGAUUAAAUCUGCUGUAGAUACGAUUCCUACUCAGCCCGUAAUAUUGGAUAAACUGUAUUCUCCGUCUAAGGAGUAUAAUGAUUUGAAAGUAACAUGUAAUCAAAAUCAAUUUCCGCAUAAGAAUAUUGAAAACGGUGCUGUGAAAGGUAUUCCAGAACCUCGACUUAGCGUUGAUUACGCAGGAGUAAAGAAUUCGAGCCAAGAUCACAGUAGGGCAAAGUAUGUGUGGGGUGCAACCAAUUCUAACAUAUCUACAUAUGCGAACCAAAAUUGUUCAGUUCCAAUGUAUACAUCUCCAAAACAUAAAAUACAUGGCCUAUUGUUUAAAUUACCAAAGCGACUGGUGCACAUCUUUCAUUAUCAAAACGAAGGAUGGCUGUUAGCAGACGAAUUUGCAUCGUUUACCCAAUUUAAAACAAUCCCGCACAUGGUAAACGCAUCGCGAAUACUGAAUAUACAUCUACCAAUUGUAGAAAUUGCCAAAAAUCAAUGCAGCGUAGAAUUUUCAGAAUUGGACAGUAGCUUGAUGGAGAAAACGAGGGACAUUAUUUAUAGUCCAGGCAGCCUUCAGUUAAUAUCACUGAAAUCAACACUGAGAACAUUGAGCAAAAUGAAAAUUUUAUCUAUGCAAGAAAUAAAUGAUGCUAUUUCAUAUCCAGUUGCGACCAAUUCCAUCAUGCAUGAAAUUUGGAUGAUUAUACAUGCAUAUGAACAAUUUUCGAAGCGCAUUACAGGCAUGCGAGAAUUAUAAAGUAUUCUUUAUACAUUAAUUAUUGAUAAUAUGUUUGAAACAGAACUUGUUUACUUUGUUGA